GCCUCUUGGCAAACCCGCACCACCAGCAGUACAAACAAGAGAGGACGCGCACACACCGACCGACCUUCUUGCUGGUUGUGCUUUGGUGCUUGCUUGCUUGCCACGUGUGGUUGUUAUCGUGUGAUGUGGAAGGGACACACGUUGUAGCUGGACCUGCUUGCUGCUUGCCAGAUUGGAUUGUGGGCAGUGAGGGACAGGGAGAGAGAGAAAGGGAGAGAGAGAAAGGGCGAGAGAAAGGGAGAGAGAGAAAGGGCGAGAGAAAGGGCGAGAGAGAGAGAGAGAGAAAGAAAGCAGAAGAGAAGGUUGCGGCUAUGAUGGGAGCAGGCUUUCCCACGACCAUCCGCCUCGGUCCAUGGCGGUGCAAGCUCGUGUGGGUGGCCGUGCCCAUCAUUGUAUUUAUUGCCGUGCAGCUGCUCACUGCCUUUGUCAUCAUGAGCCCUCAACCAGCGCCCACAUCAUCAGCAUUGGCAGAAACAGCAACAGCUACAGCUAAAGCUACAACAGGGGCCGCAGCAGCAGGUGCUGAGUCCCCUCACAUCGUGCAAUCCUCGUUGGACCAGAGGCCUGUCGCAGUGAGCAGUCGCAAGACUCGAAAAGAUGGCACAUCUUCAGAGGUUCAACAGCCAGGUUCUCGCCACGCUGUAAAGGACGCCAGUGCAGCACCAGCAGCACCAGCAGCAAAGCCACAGCUACCGCCUCCUUCUCCUUCCCCUCCUGCUUCCCCUCGCGCUCCUGCAGCUGCAGCUGCAGCGGAGGACACGGGUGGGGAUGCAGGCAAGUCGUCCAAGAACAAGAAACCCGGCGUUGAAGAUGAUGAUUUUGACGAUGAUGAUGAUGGCCGCAUGCUGCAGACAUCGCCGCUGCCGGUGAACGUGGCGGCGGGGCGGCGAUGCUUUGACGUGAACCGCACGCUGCCGCUGGAUGUGAGCUGCUUUGAUGACGGCCGGGCGCCACACGGGCGACCCCGCUGCGUGUGCCGCGACAACAGCAACACCUUCUCGCUGCUGCCGUCCUUCUUCGUCAUUGGCGCGCAGAAGAGCGGAACAACGGCACUCAUGGGCCUCUUCCUCUUCCACCCGAAGUUUGUGCACAUGCGGGCGAAGGAGGGGCACUUCUUCGACCGCUACGAGGGCGCCAAGCCCAAGCACCAGAAGGAGCGAGCGCGGCGCUGGUAUCGGCUCAUGCCACGCGCCCCCAUGGACAGAUCCGUCUUCACAGGGGAGGGCACCCCAGCGUACAUCCUGACACUUCCCGGUAUCUACACGCUGAAGCUCAUGUCCUCCACAGCAUUAUCACUGCUGUAUAUGGAUCAGUGUUCGGCUCAUGUACCAAAUUCUGCCCGACGCGAGACCAUCGACCCCACCGCUGACACGCUCCUUCGCCGGAUUGCUGCUGCGAUGGAUGUGCGCGACGCGUCAACACGCGCUGCCCUCAUCGCCGCCAUCAACACGUGCACACCGGUGCAAUAUGUCGCUGACGAUGAGUUGCACGAAUGCCUUUUCACGCACAUGCAAGACGUUCCGGGCUUUCUUGCAGCCGUCCAUUCAAUCAAGCGGAAUCUUGGGCUGUUCAAGUGCAUCACCACGCAGCUGCGACGCGAGCAGCAGCCUGUCACCGUUGACAGCGCUGGUGGACAAAACGUCCUGCGCUGCUUCGAACACGUGCCACGUGAGACGGUGCCGCCCCCUGAGAUGAUGUUCAAGCUGGACAUGGAUUGCAUUGACGCGAGCAUGAUGCUGCGGACGGAUGUGGACAUACCGCCGUCGUCGUCGUGUUACGAUGUGGCGAUGGCACUCGCACAGAGGGUGGGGCAGGCUGGUCAUGGUGAUGGUGGUGGUGGUGGUGGUGGUGAUGAUGACAACAACAACAACAACAACAACAACAACGUCGACGAUUUCAACGGCCUGAUGGAAGUGAAGACGAUCAAGCACAAGGAGUACGCAGUCCUACCCGAGUCCUGCCUGCGCGAUCCAGACAACGCCCCCUACCUGGCAUUCAACCCAUCAUUGUUUUGGCCGCGCGGAAGCUCCUCCAACAUUGCAUUCGACUUUGUUUACAGGGGCAUGUACGUUGACCAGCUGCAAGUGUAUGACCAAAUGUUUGGGCCAAACCACGUGCUCAUUGUCGCUUCGGAGGACUUGCAAUCGAAGCAAAACGAAACGUUUAACGCCAUCUUGCGUCACAUCGACGUGGAGCCCACGGAUGUUUCUUCCAUCUCGCAGGACAUGAUUCACGACAAGAUAUCUGAGGUCUGGCCGAGCUUUGAAGAGACGUCGGGAUGGCGCAUGCAUUCUGAAACGCAGCACCUGAACGCAACGCUCAUGCACGAGGUGUGCAGAUUCUUCGGGCUGCACAACAGGCGGUUGGCGCUCGCAUAUCCGCAGUUGGAGCCGCACACGCGCGCCUGGUCUGACUGCAGCCGAUUCAAGACAUCGUGGUGAUGAUGGUGAUGGUGAUGAUGGUGAUGGUGAUGAUGAUGA